ACACGCUAGCGGAUCCCAGCCCACCUCGCGGCGACGCCGGCCGUUAUUCCGCUCCCUGAACGCACCAACGCACCGCAGGCGGCACUAUCCCACUCCGCCAGAAUCUCAAUCAGCGGCUGCCACGUGGAACAAUUCAUGCGCGGGGCGUCCGCACCGAUGUUCAAAGCCCGAUGCCAUCUUGCCUCACUGCCUCAGCUCUGCUCUCUCGGAGCGAAAGAGAUACGCGGAGCAAGUGAAACCAUCGGCCUUCGCGCACCCGAUUCCGAUUCCUGUUCUUCUCCUUCUUCUUCGACGCCGUUCGGAUUCCUAUUUAAACCCCCGAAGAUGAGGAUUCCGAAGAGACCCUUCGCCGACUUUCGCCUCCUGGCCUUUUCAUUUCUCUCCGAUUCGCAAUUAUCGACCGGUGCGAAUCUCUUGCAUCGUAGAGGAUACAGAGUGUCGGCUUGCAAGAAGGAGAUGGAGGAUUGCGGAAUGGAGGGGAAUAAGAGGGCGAGAAUCUGGUCGUCUCCUGGAAAGGAUUCUUCGGUUAAGAUGGGGAAGAUGGUUUUCUGCAACCGAUCGUUGAACAUGAAGAAUAUUGUGGCGGUGGGGUUCGACAUGGACUAUACGCUGGCGCAGUACAAGCCGGAAACAUUUGAGGCUUUGGCGUAUGAAGGGACAGUGAGGAAGCUGGUGACGAAUUUACAGUAUCCCAUUGAGAUACUGAACUGGAAAUUCGAUUGGAAGUACAUGGUUAGGGGUUUGGUCCUUGAUAAGAAGAGAGGCAAUAUACUGAAGAUGGAUCGACACAAAUAUGUUAAAGUAGCAUAUCAUGGUUUCAAAGAAAUGUCUAAGGAAGAAAAGAUUAAAGCUUAUGGAAAAACAUUGAUACGAGAUACAUUUGAUGAGCCUGAAUAUGCUUUGAUAGAUACACUUUUCUCUCUGGCUGAAGCGUAUCUUUUUGCACAGCUUGUUGACUUCAAGGAUAACUACCCAGGAAAAUUUCCUCCUGAAACUGAUUAUGGCCGUAUGUAUAAGGAUGUUAGAGCUGCAGUUGAUAUGUGUCAUCGUGAUGGAUCGUUAAAACGAAUGGUUGCUCAAAAUCCUGGGAAGUAUAUUAAUGAAGAUUUAUCAAUUGUACCUAUGAUUAAAAUGCUUAGAGAAUCUGGGCGUGCUGUAUUCUUGGUAACCAACAGCUUGUGGGACUACACCAAUGUUGUUAUGAGUUUUCUCUGUGGGACCCACAAUAUGGAAGUUGGCUUGCCUCGCAAGCUUGAUUGGAUAGAAAAAUUUGACAUGGUUAUUACGGGCAGUUCAAAACCUGGCUUUUUCCAUGAAGAAAAUAGGGCAAACCUAUUUCAAGUUGAUCCAGAAACUGGCAUGCUACAAAAUACUGAAAAUGGGAUUCCUAUCCCUCAGAUUGGAACUACUUUACAUGGAUCAUCAUCUAAGGAGUUAAGAAGGGGUAAAGUUUUUCAGGGCGGAAACGUUGCUCAUCUUCAUAAACUACUUGGAAUAGAAGCAAGUUAUCAGGUCCUUUAUGUUGGAGACCACAUUUAUGGAGACAUUUUGCGCAGCAAGAAAGCACUAGGUUGGAGGACAAUGCUUGUUGUUCCAGAGCUUGAGAAAGAGGUGGAACUUCUCUGGGACUCGCGGAAAACCCAAAAGGAACUUCGGCGUUUGAGGAGAGAGAGAGAUCUUAUUGAAGAUCAGAUUCAUCGUUUGAAUUGGUCUCUAAUGUUCGACGCCCUUGAUGACUAUAAACGUAAUCAGUUUUCUUUAGAGCGAGAAAAUCUCGAGUCAGAAAGGGAUCGCGUAAGGCAUCAACAUCAAAAUGUCCAGAGAGAACGUCACCAGAACUUUCAUCAGGUUUGGGGACAGCUCAUGAAGACAGGCUACCAGAACUCCCGAUUUGCUCAUCAGGUUGAUAGGUUUGCUUGUUUGUAUACGAGCCAAGUGACAAACUUGGGCUUGUAUUCCCCUGAAAAAUACUACAGGCCUACUGAAGAUUUCAUGCCUCAUGAAUUUGAUAUCCUUGAAGAUUAAAAGCUUUAUUGGUUUUAUACAAGCCACUUUAGGUUAUAGGCCCGGCAUUGAAGGUCUUGCAUAUGCGGGAUGCGUGCAUUUGGGUGUGUGUAAAAAAAAAAGGUUCAUUGAUUGCAGUUCAUGGAGACUAGAGGUUGCUGAAGAAGAGAUAUUAUCAAGUGUGCUCUUUUUUUCCUACUUUUCAAGUGUAUAGAAGCAGCUUCACCUUAUUCUCUGUUCUUUUCAAAUGUAAACAUUCAAAUAUAUAUUAAAAAAAAUGAAAACCUGCUUCUCAUGCCUAUUAGGUCCCAAUUAAAUAGGCAUUAUGUGUUUGAAUUGUAAUUUCAGCUUGCUGACACUAUUAAAUACUUGACAAGAAAGUGGCACUCGUCCAAAUUAGAUGUGUAAGAGCUCUUGUUCUGUCAGUAGCUGAUUGUGGUAUUCUUGAAUGAUUUACAUGCAGGCCACUUAAUUCCUUUGUAUGUACAUAUCUAACACCGAUAUUUUAAUU